CGCUCGGCGAGUCCUGCCCGCUCGAGCUGUACCGCUCGCUCGCCGAGAAGCGCCAGCUGCUGGCCGAGGCGACCCGGCUCGGCGACGGAGACGCCGUCCUGGCGGUGGUGCUGUUCCUGAAGCGCAGUCUGAAGCGCUCGCUGUUCCAGCGCGAGCUGCUCCUGCAGCCGACCGCCGCCCAGCAGUACUUGGCCUACCUGCGCGCCCGCUUCUGUUACAGCGACGCCAUCGAUCUGCUGGCGAUGCUCGGCAGGACCGAGGAAGCGGCGAUGUUGAAGUACGAGUCUGCCGUGAGGACGAAUGGCGUGGAUAAGCGGCUGCGGAGCCUGAAGAACUGCCUGCAGACGCAUUUCUCGUCCGAUCCGGACCUGGAGAUGCACGCCAAUCUCAUCAAGCAGCAAAUCGAUCUUCUCGAGCGGCAGCGUCCGGUGGACGCCGCCGACGCUGCGGUGCCCGGUGUUCAGCUGGUGGGCAGCUCUGUCCUCACCACCCUGCACUACUGCUGCGUCCAUCACUACGGCGAGCCGGUCAACCAUCUGGCCAGUCCGCUGGCCAUCAAGGAACGGCACCAGCUGACCGACAAACAGUACGCGUGGACGGUCCUGAAGGCGCGCGCGUCGCAGAGGGCGUGGGCUGACAUCCAGGCCUUAUUCACGAGCAAGGUGUGGUUCAGCAGCGGCAAGCUGCGCCCCGUGGUGCCCUUCGAGAACGCCGUGGAGGUGCUGGAGAGCUUCGGGGCGCCUGCCGAGGUCUUGAGCUUGUACAUCUCGUCGAUAGAUGGCUCUGAGAAGAGGAUCGCGCUGGCGAAGAAAUACGGAUGCUUCAAAAUUGUUGUGGAUACGUACGUGGCCCAGAAGGACCGACUGGCGCUGCAGCAGUAUCGGGCCGCCCUGCAGCCGCACGACCCGGCUCACCGGUACGCCGGCGACGCUCUCGCGGCCGCGACUGUACGCUGGAAAAACUGAGGAUCUGCUGAACUCCCGUCACUCAUGGAGAGGACCAAUAAGGAACUGUGAUUCACCCGAUGCGGUGUGCAAUGGUGCAGUCGCGAAUAGAUGGUGCACAUUUACUGUGUGGUUCGCCAUGAGACUGUUCCGUUCAGUCGGUCGGUCUGGAACGCAGCCAAUUACCAUGUUAAUGCCCGUAAGCGCAUUUUGCGGUGCGGUGCUGUCGCCGUCUGUUCCUCUGAGUCAGAUGCCAGUGACGCGGAUUUAUAUUACCGUUUUCGUAAAUAGAGCAUUGAGCCAUGUAGGACGGCCACCUUACUGCUCCCGGAGAACUCAAUAUGUGCAUUGCGGGUUACAUGAAGCCAUCCGGUGACAUCCUGCUUGGGGCAGGCUUGGGUGUAAUACGUUUCCGAUGCUAGUUGAUGGUGUGUGUCCUGAGAACUAUCUUAUUUUGUUAUGGGUUUACGAGUGCCAGCGCUGUUCACAUAAGAGCUGCAAUAGACGUUCCAAAUGCUC